AUGCUGUCCGUCAUGAACGAUCUGCCGGACGUACAGCAUCAACCGCCCGUGAGUCCGGCGCACAGCACCGGCACGAUCACCCGGAGGUUCAGCAAAGGGUUUCAAUCGUGUCUGAAGGGCGCCCGCGACGAUUUUGACGAUCUAGACGUCGAUCGAGGUAAGACAAGCGGGAUGGCCGUGGUUUUCUUAUACACGUGUACAUCGGUCGAUCGGCAUCCUUUGAUCCUCCUUUGGAGUUGA